UGAACCGUUGAGCAGGACGUGGCAAACUACAGAAGCAGCGAUAGAGAGGCGGUUUACCGCAGUCUGCAGCGUAGUCCUCCCACUCGGACAGCGAACUGCAUCCCUGCUUGUGGAGCUCGUUGUUGAACAGCGUGAGCGUGGAGAAGAACUCCGUGGAGAUGAUUCCGCCGCACAGGUAGAGCAGAGAGAGCGCUGCCACAGCAACAGCCCGGCUGACAGGGGCCAUGUUCGGCUACAUGAGUGACGGAAGCUGCUGCAGUCAGAAGCCCCGCAGUCACAGAACUCAUCGAAACUACAACAACCGAGCACCCCUGCUGUGCGUCAAACCCGGCUUUCCGGAGUCCUGUCAGAAACCAGUGGAUAAAUACAUCGAAUAUGAUCCAGUUAUUAUUCUCAUCGAUGCCAUCUUGUGCAAAGCUCAGGCUUUCAGGCACAUUUUAUUUAACACAAGCUUAAAUAUCCACUGGAAGUUGUGUGUGUUCUGUCUGCUGUGUGAGGCCUACCUCAGGUGGUCUGCGCUCCACGGCUCUGAGCGGAGCAGCGACCCCGCCGACAUAAUCCGCUACACCAAGGAAUGGGAGUUUUAUGGCAAGUUUGGAUUGGCAGCCCUCGAGCUGAUGGCGUUCUGCAUCGGCGUCCUGUCCUUCCUCUCGCUGUGGAUGUCCUGUCUGCACGGAGGGGGCGUAGAGUUCAGGCCGCUCCUCAGGGGCUUGCUGCUGUCCUGCUACGGUAAAGUCCUCCUCAUCCCAGUCGUCAUCUGGGAGCAUGACUACUCCCCGCUCUGCCUCGGCCUCAUCAGACUGUUCGUGCUCACCUCCAACUCGCAGGCUAUCAGAGUGAUCUUGAACUGCAGCAGGCGUCUGUCACUGGCGGCUGUUUGCUUUGGCCUCUUGUCAGAAACUCUCAUCGCUCAGGCCUGCAGGAACCUCCCAUGGAGCAUUCAGGACCUGUGGACAUCAUAAUCAUUGCCAAAGCAGGGAUGGAUUCCCCACUACUGAUACCAAGCUAAUGAACCUGAGCUCGGAUUAUAUUUGUAUACAUUGAACUUCUUUGAAAAAUCAGAAACACAAUGACUCAUUUGUCCUGUUUGUUUUCUCUCCUCUUCAUUCAACAAAAAAAAAAA